AUGAGGUGAAAAAGGGGGGAAAAACCUGAGGGGAAAAGAGCAGGAAAACCUGUGAAUGGGAGGGAGAGGAGCUGAGAAAACUGCAGAAAGAAGGUGAGGGGAAAUGGGGGAUGAAAAGGGACAAAGUGUAAGGACACAAGCCAGGAAAGUGUGAAAAGGGGACUGGAAAGGUGUGUUGGUGACAGAAAAAGGGGCAAGAGGGGAAAGGACUGGAGAGGGAAAUGAGGGACAGAAAUGGAAGGGACAGAGGCAGCAGGAACUGGAGGAAGGAGAUGACAGGAAUGGGAGAAACCCUGGAAUAAAGAGAUAAGGAGGGAGGAAAUGGUGAAAUGUGACAGAAAUGGUCGGGCUGAGGAUGGAAUAUGGGGAAUGAAGAGGAUGUCAAGGUGACAGGAGGGCACAAGCCAGUGCCCACCAUCACUGUCCCCCAUGUACCCCUGUGUCCCCACCGUGUCUCUCCAGGCUGCAGGGAUGGACCCGGACCCAUGCAGUAAGGGGCUCUACGGCCAAGACCCCCCAGGACCACCGUGUGUCCCAGUGUCCCCCUGCCCCAGGGACAAGGCAGGUGUCCCCAAGAGAGGCAGUGUCCCUGUGUCCUGCCGAGUUCCCCCCUCAGGUCCCCCUGGGGGGACCUCACAGCUGGAGGUGCUGCUGAAGCAGGUGCACUGCCAGAAGAAGGUCUGUGAGGCCACAACAGAGGAGCUGGUGAGGGCACAAGGCCGCAGUGAGGAGUUGCGCCAGGAGCUGGAGCAGCUGGAGCAGCAAAAGAAGGCACUGGAGAGGACCUGGCAGCAGGUGCAGGAGUCACUGCAGAGAGCGCAGCUGCAAGGCAAGGAGGUGGAGGCCAAAGGUCAGAGGCUCUGUGGGCUCUGCCUGGAGCAGCAGCAGGACCUGGAAGCGACAAAUCAGCAGUGGGAGCAGCUGAGAAACCUGCACCGGGAACAGAGGUGGCAGUACUGCCAGCAGCUCGAGGCCAUCAGUGAGGAGCUCAAGCACCUGCAUGUCACACAUGCUCCAGCCCACCUGAAGGCUGAACUGGCAAAGCUGGAGAAGAUGAAGGAGAAGUGGCUGAGCUUGGAGCGCCGCUUGAUGGACACCGAGGAGCAGCUGGGCCCAGAGGGAGCUGUGCUCUGGCGAUUGGUGCAGCAGGAGCAGGAGUGGGCGGGGCGACAGCUGGAGGUGGAGCUGGGCCGGCAGCAGCUGAGCCGGCAACGCCGUGACAGGUUGGCAGAGGAGCUGCAGCAGCUGCAGCACUCCCAGGAGGCUCGCCCAGAGUGACAGGGGACGAGAUGGACACACCCCAUGGGACACCUGUGGCACCUGUGCGACACCUCUGUGUGUCACCUGCGGGCCACCUGUGUCCUGCCAUGUUCUCAUGUACCCCAUUCUCCGUUGUUCUCCCCGCCAUGUCCCCCUAUGUCCCCCCAGGUCCCCAUGUCCCCUCACAUCCCAAUGUCCCCAAUGUCCCCAGUUCCCCCUAUGUUCCCCCCAAUGUCCCCCAUGUCCCCUCACAUCCCGA